GAAGUGUCUGAUAAAAAAAAAUAAUUCAUUCAUUCAAGCAAGAUACACAUUUUUCCGUGCAGUGCUGAAUUAAAUCAAAGAAAAAGUUCCAUAAUAAUUUAAUAAAAAUGCCGCGAGAUUAUGACCGUGAUUAUACCAGUGAAGAUACAUCAGAUUAUAAACGUAAAAGGCCACGUAACGAUGAAGAAAGUACAAAUAACGAACAAGGAGGUGGUGAGCAGGAGACACAAACAACCACACAACAUGAUGCUCCGCCGUUAAAUGAGAAAACAGCCGCCUAUUUGGAUGAAUGCUUGCAGGAGAAGAAACAAUUGGAUCCCAAUAAGUACAAUAUAUGCAAAAGGCUUUUGGAUGAUGAAAUUGAACGCAUUCUGGUUAGUGGUCGCAUACCCAAGCCGGAAAUCUUUGCAAAUGUGUAUAGUGAAAAACCCAUACGUGUGGCCCAAAAAGUGUGGUUCCCCAUCAAAGAAUAUCCCAAAUUUAAUUUUGUGGGCAAAAUAAUGGGACCCAAGGGUAAUACCCUGAGACAAUUACAGGACGAAACUUUCUGUAAGAUGACAGUGUUGGGCCGCAACUCCAUGCGUGAUCAUGCCAAGGAGGAGGAGCUACGAAAAUCGGGUAAUUUAAAGUAUGCCCAUUUAAGCCGGGACUUGCAUAUUGAAAUAUCAACUGUGGCCCCACCAUCCGAGGCCUAUCAUCGUUUGGCCUACGCUUUGGCCGAGGUAAGGAAAUUCAUGAUACCCGAUACAAAUGAUGAUAUACGCAUGGAACAAAUGCGUGAAUUGGAUGGCAAGGAAAGAUUUUACAAGAAAUCUCAUUAUGCCAAGGCAUAUGGGGAGCAUGCCCCACCCUAUAGUAGCAGCAGAACUCCACCUCCACCACCGCCGUUUGAAAAAUCAAAACCAAAGGUUUAUUCGAUUUUGGAAAAGGCCAGAUAUGUCAUGGAUGAUCCUAGUUAUCCAAUAAUUAAAUCUCACAGACCCCGAGAACAUGAUCUGUAUGAACAUCCAAGUGAAUAUGAUCGCUAUGGUACUCCACCACCUCCACCCUCGGCCAAACAUUCAAGUGCUCAUCAUGCAGCCUAUGAAAGUUCUUCAUAUGAACGAGACUAUCGCAGAGAAUAUCAUCCGCAUUCCUCUUCCUAUGCAGCCGCCGCUUAUGCAGCCAAAAGCAGUAAUGGCCGCUCAUCAUCGUCGGCAUAUCGGCCAACGUCUACAGCCCAUUCUUCAUCACAUUAUGAGACUGGUGGUUCCCGUUCCCGAGAAAGUGUACGCUAUCGUUCAGCACCGUAUCCAAAAAUACGUUAAUAUCAAAUUCAAACAAAUUCAACAACUAAAACUCGUAAUAAUAACAACAACAACCACAAGAAAAAGCGGCUAAAAACAAAUGAAUAGUAAUACAAAACAGAGGCAAUAACAACAAAUACUGAGUAAUGAAUCUACACAAUUUGCCGGCAAAAAUAAUAAAAUUUGAAAUUUCAUUGAAUACAACUUUGGUGUGGUGGGCAUAACCUCAAAAAUGUAAAAGAAAAAAUCAGAAAACUACAAAGAGAUAUAUAAAGGAAUAAUAUAAACAUAUAAUCUAUAACUAUACAAAAAACAAAAUACAUAAUGUACUGAAAUAUAAGUAUAUUUAAACAAAACAGAUUAAAAUAAAAAUAAAAUACAAAAACAAAACAAAAAA